CGGAUUUGUAUUGGUCACAUUUCUGAUUACGUGCGCGAACGCGGAAGUGAGGCGCUUCUGAUGUGAUUUGAUCAAGAUGAUCGGGGAUCUGUUGAUAUUCGGGACUUUACUGGUGAACGCAGGGGCUGUGCUGAACUUCAAGCUCAAAAGGAAGGAGUCGCAGGGAUUUGGAGAUGACUCUGGAUCACCAACAACAGGGGACAACAUCAGAGAGUUUCUGCUCAGCCUGCGGUACUUCCGGAUCUUCAUCGCAUUGUGGAACAUCUUCAUCAUGUUCUGCAUGAUCCUAUUGUUUGGAUCAUGAUCGUGUGUGGCCAGUGGACUUCCUCCAAGAUGCUUCCCUUUCCAGAUGGAUGCUGUCAGCUUCUCCUUAAUGUCCUUUUUUCUGUUUCUUUAACCCUUUACUAGUAAUUAUACUCUAUUUGGUUUACAACCCUUUGUGCUGUACAGGAAUUUAUGAAUGGCUGUAUUUAUUCUUCUCUUGUUACAUUUUUAUUUUUAUUGAUUUUUCUUUAACUGUAACGCCUCUGCUGGAAACUUGUGGUCUUGUACUUAGUUGUAAAGAAACACCAGAAACAUUUUAUUCCUUUUUCCUGCACAGGCUCAGUUCAUCCAGAUUCCACAGAAAAAUCUGCAUCUGAUUUGUGAGUUAUAAAUAGGAUUAUUUUACUCACUUAUGUGUUUGUUUUCAACUUCUUAGGGGGAAAAUUGUGCUAUUUUCUUUAAUAUGCAGCACAUGUGCUGUAAUUAAAUGUAUAUUCACUGUAAAUGUGUCCUUAUUCUUAAUAAAAAAUGAAGUUUUAUUAUCAAA